GAGUUUUAAAACACCUACAAUGUCGGGGCAGAAAAGAUAGAAUUUGACAACUGAAAACUCGUAUUUUUCGCAUAUUUUUUAAUUUAAGCUGCCCUGCAGCACCCAUGGAACCGUCGUUCAACUCCAAAAAUCUCUCCGCUACCAGUUCCUCUAAAACUGCCCCACUUCUUAUGGCAUCUCCUUCUACCUCCACCGCCAUUGAUGAAACUCAACUACCCGAAACCAGUUAUUGGUCAUUUAAAAAGCAUGAUUUUUUCCCUGAAAAAUCCUUCAAUUCUUUCUCUGACUACAAAUCCGCCCUUUCCCAGAUUUUCCCACGUCUCAAAGAUCGAUUAUUGAGUCGUUCUUCUGACUCUUUCGAGCUUGUUGAAUUAAGGAAAGAGAGUGUUAACCCUUUAAGCAAAUGUUUGACUUGGUGGGAUUUAAUUUGGCUUAGUUUUGGAUCUGUUGUCGGGUCGGGUAUUUUCAGUAUUACGGGUCAAGAAGCUCAUAACCAUGCUGGCCCUGCUAUUGUACUUUCUUAUGCAAUUUCUGGGCUUUCUGCUUUACUAUCAGUGUUUUGUUACACUGAAUUUGCCGUAGAAGUCCCUGUUGCUGGUGGGUCUUUUUCUUUCCUUAGAAUUGAACUUGGUGAUUUUGUUGCUUUCAUUGCUGCUAGUAAUAUACUCCUUGAAGCUAUUGUUGGUGCUGCUGGUUUAGGUAGAUCAUGGUCAUCUUAUUUUGCUAGUAUGAUCAAUGAUAAUUCUGAUUUCUUGCGGAUUCGAGUUCAUUCUCUCCCAGAAGGCUUUAAUCUUCUUGACCCAAUUGCUGUUGUUGUGCUUUUGAUUGCAAAUGGUAUUGCUAUGUCAGGAACUAGGAAAACCUCGUUUUUGAAUUGGUUGGCUUCAAUUUUAAGUGCAUUAGUAAUUCUGUUUAUAAUCAUUGUUGGAUUUGUUCAUUCAAAGACAAAAAAUUUAGUACCCUUUUUCCCAUUUGGUGCUGAAGGAGUGUUUCAGGCUGCUGCUGUUGUGUAUUGGUCAUAUACUGGGUUUGAUAUGGUUGCUACUAUGGCUGAAGAAACAAAACGCCCUUCUAGAGAUAUCCCAAUUGGACUUGUGGGAUCAAUGUCUAUGAUAACUGUGAUUUAUUGUUUGAUGUCAUUGACAUUGCCUAUGAUGCAAAAAUAUACUGAUAUUGAUGUUAAUGCCCCUUACACAGUUGUUUUUGACAAAAUUGGUAUGAGAUGGGCCAAGUAUUUAGUGUCUAUUAUUGCUCUUAAGGGUAUGACUACCAGUUUGCUUGUGGGUUCGCUUGGACAAGCUCGAUAUACUACACAAAUUGCUAGGGCUCAUAUGAUUCCUCCAUGGUUUGCUUAUGUUCACCCUAAAACCCGAACCCCUAUCAAUGCCACUUUGCUUGUCACAAUACUCAGUGCAGUCAUUGCCUUUUUCUCGAGCUUGGAUGUGCUCUCGAGUGUUUUCUCAUUCAGUACACUCUUCAUAUUUAUGUUGAUGGCUGUGGCAUUGCUAGUCAGACGCUACUAUGUUACCGAUAUUACUCCUAAGCGUGGGCUGUACAAAUUCUUUGGGUGCUUGUUCUUGAUAUGUAGCUCAUCAACUGGCUUGACAGUAAUAUGGAAUCUAAACAACCGUAGCUGGAUUGGAUACGUUGUUUGCGCUGUGUUUUGGUUUAUUGGUACUUUGGCAAUGCAGUUGUUGGCAAAGCAGCGAGUUCCAAAGAUUUGGGAGGUUCCAUUAGUUCCAUGGUUGCCAUCAUUGUCAAUUGGGAUGAAUAUAUUCUUAAUUGGGUCAUUGGGUUAUCAGGCAUUUGUAAGGUUCUUCAUUUGUAGUGCAAUAAUGCUGCUAUACUAUGUUUUUGUUGGUGUUCAUGCCACAUACGACGUUGCUCAUCAUGAAGUGAAGGAAAGGAAGAUUGAGGAAGCAAAGGAGGACAACAAUCAAGGGAGGCUAUAAUGCAAAUUUGCUGACCAUUAUUAUUUCUUAGUAAAUUUUCUUUUGGGUGCAGCAAAUUUUUAGUCAAUAUUUAAAUUUUUUCUAACUGUGAAUAGAUUUUCUAGCUAGAAUAUGAUUUUUUCUGACAUUUGGAGGAGAUAAUAAUAUGUGAUUUUGGAUGAAUCUUUACAAGAAUGUAGUUGGAGUCUUUUGUCUCUCUUAUUGCAUGUAUUUAUAUCUGUUGUAUUACUGAUUUUAUGUGAAUUUGUUGUAACCUAUCAGGCUAACCGAUGCACCGAUAGUACAUAGGAUUGCUGUUUAAAAUCCUCAUUUAUUUUGUCAUUAGAGGCUGUCUUCUCUCAAACUUUAGGUGAUCAAUCCCGAAAUAUUAGGAAUUAGUAUCAACGUAAAGACCCCUCACGAAGAAUCAGUAUGUUGGUAGAAUUGCACAUAAAGGCAAGUUCUUGCUAUCUCAUGCUCCCUUGUCCUCAAACAAAUCUCACAUAUAGCCUAGUCAAGUUUUUAGACUGGAAAGAAAGAAGAGCAAAUGGGGUUGUGGCUGUAGAGCAUAACUAGAAUUUGUGAUGGGACUAAGGAGGUACUGUGAGCUUACUUGAAUACAACCGUGCGCUGUAUUUUGGACUAAGGAGGGACUAAGCCUGUUAAAUAUGAUCUGUUAGUAAAUCAGUAGAGUUUAGUUUUCAUACGAAGAGUUCGAGUCGAUAGUUGUUCAUGAACUAGACUCGAAAUCUCAACAAAUGGAGUCGUGGUGGUGGAUGUGAAGCUCGAUAAGAAACCGAAACCAGCUGACUCAAUAGGUAAUGGGAUUUUGAGUUUAAUCACACCACCUUAACUAGUGUAUAAAGGGUUUUAUAUGAUUAUACUUGGAAGUCUUCACUAAAACUAAUAACAUUGUCAAUGUCAUUAAUAAAAAGGAAUUUAGGAAGAGGGUUUUUAAUGGUGUUUUUGUAACUUUGUCAUUA